AUGGAGGGGAAAAGGUAUGCGGUGUUGCUGUGCGCAGAGGAUUCCGAGUACGUGAGGAAGAAGUACGGGGGGUAUUUCGGGGUUUUCAUCAGAAUGCUGGCGGAGGAAGGCGAGACCUGGGACGUCUACAAGGUGGCGUCCGGCGACUUCCCCGAGGAAGACGGCGAUCUCGACCUAUACGAUGGAUUCGUCAUCACCGGCAGCUGCAAUGACGCUCACGGAAAUGACGCCUGGAUCCAUCGCCUCAUCACUCUCAUUCAGAAACUCGAUUCCAUGAAGAAGAAAAUCCUCGGUAUUUGCUUCGGUCACCAGAUAAAUAAAUUAGUCAUUCCAAUGUACAGUUCUGAUAGGACGGGAUUUGAGGCAAGUAUUGACGAUGAAAAGAGGGAAAAUUUGUCCACAAGGCUUUUCAACGUGGAUGUUGCACGUGGGGGAAAUGAAUCAAUAAAUGCUGACGGAUACUUGUCGUGCAUUGGAGGGAAGGUUAACCGAUCUCCCACUGGUUGGGACGUCGGUGUGAGAAGCAUAACCUUAUCAUCAUCGUCGCCAUUGUCUCCGACGUCUCUCAUGAGAGAAAUUCCGACGAAGGCAGAGAUUAUUGCAUGGUCGGAGAAGACGGGGAUCGAGAUGUUUAGGUUCGGUGAUCACAUAAUGGGGAUCCAAGGCCACCCUGAGUACACCAUUGACAUUCUUUUACACCUCAUCGACCGUCUUGUUCAACGUGACCUCAUCUUGAUAGAUCAAAUAGACGGGAUGGGGAAUAACAAAGAUAAAUUACAGGAAGUGAAGACAAAGCAUGAUUUAUUAAAUGUUUUUCUUGGAAGCUUUUGUGGUGGAGCUAGGGCUAAGGUGGUGCUGCGAGAGCCAGAUAGAGAGGCUUGGAAGAAACUCUGUACCAGCUUCCUCAAAAGUCGCUCAUGA